AUGUCUAGCUCGACCGACACGUCCAGUUCGGUCGACAAGUGCCCAGUCGACCAUCGCGCGUUCACAACUUCCUCCCCGUCAUCAUCAUCUUCAUCCGCCGCCUCGGCCGAGAAAUGCCCCGUCGACCACACCCAACGCUCCUCCUGGUCCUCCAUCCUCGGUCGCCAGCGCAGCGGCGACGGCGACGCAGCGGAGCUCCCGGAUACGCCCGCGGCGCCCGCGGGCCUGAAGCUCCCGCAGGACCGCGAGACGUCGUCGAUCCCGCGCGCCGACGGCGGGAACUGGGUGUACCCGUCCCAGGCGCAGUUCUUCGCCGCGAUGGCGCGCAAGAACCACGACCCCCGCGCGGCGGACAUGCAGGUCGUCGUCCCCAUCCACAACGCCGUCAACGAGCGCGCGUGGGGCGAGAUCAUGAGCUGGGAGGCGCGGCGCGGCGGGGAGCAGUGUGGGGGCGUGAAGCUCAUCAGCUUCAAGGGGCGGCCGGGCGACCUGUCGCCGCGGGCGAGGUGGUACUCUAUCCUUGGGUUUUCGCCUCCGUUCGACAGGCACGACUGGGUUGUGGACCGCUGUGGGACGCGGAUGCGCUAUGUCAUUGACUUCUAUUCCGGCCAUACGAAGGAGCCGUCUCAGAACGUCUCAUUUUUCCUAGAUGUGCGGCCGGCGUUGGACAGCUGGGAGGGUGUUCGGAUGCGCACGGAGCGUUUCUGGAGUCAGGCGUUCCGCAGAUUCGGGGGCGAUACGACACCUCAGCAAAACUCUCCACCGACACGGCCAUAG